UAACUUAAUACUACAUUGUAACUUGUCAGCGGUACAAGUGCACAUAGGUCGUGAAUUUUCACAAGUCGACAAGAAAGAACUUAAUUCGUUUGGGACUGUAAAAUCGAAUCACGAUGGCGGAUGAAGUACAAAUGGAAGAUUUAACGCAGGAAAAUAAGGAAAACGAAGAAGUAACACAGGCCACAGAUGACGAUAAAAAGCCUGAACAAGAAGAGGGAAAAGAGGGAGAUAAGGAAGAACAGAAGCAAGAUGAUGAAAAUAAAGAAGAACAGAAAGAGGAGGAAAACAAUGAACAAGGAGCAAAGGAUGAUAAAGAAGAUGAUGACGAGGAGCAACAGAGCAACGAAUCGGACGCCGAAUCAUUGAUAAGCGAUAAAAAUAAAGCAGAAGACACGAAAGCUGGGGCAGCAGACGUCGAAAUUGACGCUGUUCCAGAAGUCGCGGUAACGGCGGGAAACGGGAAAAGGAAUUCUGAAGACGUCGAGGGAGGACGCACUUUCGUUGGUCGUCAAGAGAUCGGACCAGGGCCGGAAGGUUUUGGCGAUCGUAUGAAGAAAUACAAGUUAGAAAUUAUCGUUGGGGUUCUGAUCGCGAUCCUGCUUAUCGUUAUCAUUGUUCUACUUGUAACCACUCUUGGUGGUGGAGGAUCAGGACAAAACACAUCGACACUUUCACCAAAUGUGGGGAAAACCACUACCGGAACAACUACCACUACGAUGGCUACUGCAACGGAAGGAGGGUCUGGGAUUGCAACAACUGGAGCAGCAAUGCCAGUGAGCACUACUACAAUGGGUAUUUCAUCGCCCACUCAUGCUACGACCAUCGAGACCAUGGAGGAAGUUACCACUGCUGAAGCCGUUACCACUACCACAAUGCGAACCAAUACCACAACGCAAACCACCACCACAAUGCAAACCACAACCGUAAGCCCCCCAACCACCAUUACCAAAGCACCUAACACAACAACCACUACUCAAUCGACCACCCCCGCCCCCACUGUUGCUGUCACAAAUUCUGAAACACUCCCGGUCGUCACACCGCCUCCCGAAAUAACCAUGAAGCCUACCAACGGCACUGGAUAACUUUGAGACUGUUUGAAGCUUAUAUCACCAAUUUAUGACAUUCGAAGACUUUAUUCAUUCCAAUGAAAUCGCCGAUAAUAUUCCAGGCUUGUCCAUGGGACAUAUUUUGGGGCAUCUUAUCCCAUAGAAUUUUAUGCCUGUCCCAUCCCAUGGGAUUCUCAUUGGAAUACAAUUCAAUAAAAAUUGCUAAAUUUACGUGUAUCGUCUACUAAAUAGGACUGCGUUUGCAAAGUGACAUGCAAAACGACAAAAUUUAUUGACUUUUUUAACUUCAAAAAUACAGAACUAUUCUAUGGGAAAUACGAAAGUGUGCUGUCCCAUCCCAUGUGAUGGACACGCCUGAAUAUUCACAAUUAAAAAUAGGGCCUUUCGCCUAUUGCAAGAAGUGCUAAUAGACUAUGAUAGAAUUCGAAUAUAGAUGGAAUUCGAAAUUUAUAAUAGUAAAACCUAAUUUUCGAGAUUUCAUUGCAAAAUCCUUAAAUUAAUAGGAGGUAUAUUAAUUUGGUUAUUCCCCUUUUUUAUUAUUAAUUCCAAUUUCUGCGAUUUAAACUCUGGACAUAGACAUGGUAUAUUCGGCAAAAUAAAUUCAACGAAAAUAUCCCAAUCAAAGAAAAGCUUUGAAAAUAUUCAAGUUAACUCAGCAUAAACAAAGCGGUCUUUAAACUCGGGAAGCGAGUCACAGGCAAUAUAUCGAAAUUUCCGCCAAUUUUAUUUAUUUUAACAUAAUCGUGAUAUUUAGUUCACAUUUUCGGAGGAAAACUUGCAAAUUAUGUUUAUAUUGACAUGAACUGAUUGAAAGUGCCGCGUCAACAGUAACUUUAACCUUUCGAGUAUUUGAUUCGGACCGCACCUGAUUCUUUAUUUUGGAUCAUUAGCCCCACUUCUGAAGUUUCCUUUUAUAAAAUAACAUUUAUAGUUUUGAAUAUAUAUAAAAAGAACUAUAA